CUGGACUGGGGCGGGGCUAUCUAACGGAGGCCCCGCCCCGAUCCCGCCCCCGGCCCGGGGUGCGAAUCCGAUAUCUGCGAGCGGCCAGCGAUGCUGAAGGUUCGCAAGGCGAAGCGGCUGCAGCUGGCGCCGCGUCUGCCCCGCGUGCCCGGAGCAGAUUCUGCCCGCCGCCCCCGGAGCCCAAGGCACCCCGCUGAGCUCGAGGUCGCUUCCAACCCUUGAGGACCGGUGCUGCAGCUCAGGGCCCGGCAAUGCCGUUUGGGUGUGUGACUCUGGGCGAUAAGAAGAACUAUAACCAGCCGUCGGAGGUGACUGACAGAUAUGAUUUGGGACAGGUCAUCAAGACUGAGGAGUUCUGUGAGAUCUUCCGGGCCAAGGACAAGGCGACCGGCAAACUGCACACCUGCAAGAAGUUCCAAAAGCGGGAUGGCCGCAAGGUGCGCAAGGCAGCCAAGAACGAGAUAGGCAUCCUCAAGAUGGUGAAACACCCCAACAUCCUGCAGCUAGUGGAUGUGUUUGUGACCCGCAAGGAGUACUUCAUCUUCCUAGAGCUGGCCACGGGGAGGGAGGUGUUUGACUGGAUCCUGGACCAGGGCUACUACUCGGAGAGAGAUACAAGCAACGUGGUGCGGCAGGUCCUCGAGGCUGUGGCCUACUUGCACUCACUCAAGAUUGUGCACAGGAACCUCAAGCUGGAGAAUCUGGUUUACUACAACCGGCUAAAGAACUCGAAGAUUGUCAUCAGUGACUUCCAUCUGGCUAAGCUCGAGAAUGGCCUCAUCAAGGAGCCCUGUGGGACCCCCGAGUACCUGGCUCCUGAGGUGGUAGGCCGGCAGCGGUAUGGACGCCCCGUGGACUGCUGGGCCAUUGGAGUCAUCAUGUAUAUCCUGCUUUCAGGAAAUCCACCCUUUUAUGAGGAGGUAGAGGAAGAUGACUAUGAGAACCACGACAAGAAUCUCUUCCGUAAGAUCCUGGCUGGCGACUAUGAGUUUGACUCUCCAUACUGGGAUGACAUAUCACAGGCGGCCAAAGACCUGGUCACCCGGCUGAUGGAAGUGGAGCAAGACCAGCGGAUCACUGCAGAGGAGGCCAUCUCUCAUGAGUGGAUUUCUGGCAAUGCUGCUUCUGAUAAGAACAUCAAGGAUGGUGUUUGUGCCCAGAUUGAAAAGAACUUUGCCAGAGCCAAAUGGAAGAAAGCUGUCAGAGUGACCACCCUCAUGAAACGGCUCCGGGCGCCGGAGCAGUCCAGCACGGCUGCAGCCCAGUCUGCCCCAGCCACAGACACUACCACCCCUGGGGCUGCAGGCGGGGCCACAGCUGCAGCUGCUAGUGGGGCCACCUCAGCCCCUGGGGGCGGUGCCACCGAAGCCACAGAGGGUAAUGCUCUUGCUGCAAAGAGUGAUAAUGUGGCCUCCGCAGACCGUAGUGCCACUCCAGCCACAGAUGGUAGUGCUACCCCAGCCACUGAUGGGAGUGUCACUCCAGCCACCGAUGGGAGCAUCACCCCAGCCACCGAUGGGAGUGUCACCCCAGCCACUGACAGGAGUGCCACUCCAGCCACAGAUGGGAGAGCUACACCAGCCACAGAAGAGAGCACCAUGCCCACUACCCAAAGCAGUGCCACACUGGCCACCAAGGCAGCCGCUACCCCUGAGCCGGCUCUGGCCCAGCCGGACAGCACAGCCGCAGAGGGCUCAACAGGCCAGGCUCUUCCCUCUAGUAAAGGGGAAGAGGCUGCUGGCUGUGCCCAGGAGUCUCAGAGGGAGGAGACCAGCUGAGUGGGCAGGCUUAUGGGGGGAGUUGCAGGGGAUGGGCAGGAGGGUGGGAGAGUGGAUGGGGGGCUUCUUUAUGUACAUAGAGUCACUGGCAUGAUGCCCUCUCCCCUUCUCCCCACUGCCUCCCAGUUUGGGGCAUACCUGGGGGCCAUGGGAGAGCAGUCUCGUCUCCUAAGUGUAUGUGUGUGAGUGGUGAGCAGGCCAGAGACAGGGCCGGCCCCAGCCCCUGCAUGGAUUCUUUGUGGCUUUUCUGUCUUGCUAGCUUCACCAGUUUCUGUUCUUGUGGGAUGCUGCUCUAGGGAUACUCAGGGGCUCCCUGCUCUCCUUCCCCUUUCUUUCUUGAUCCCCUCCUGAUUCCUCCUUGAUUGCCUCAUGAUUCCCCCAGGCAGGCCCUGCAGGUCCCAUCCUCUCCCAGAUCCAAACUCGGGCAGUCUUGCCCUGAGAGCUGGUCCUCCGGUGAGGCCCUGUCAGCAGUCUUGGGUUCCUGUACAUGGAGGUAUAUGCCUGGGGUGUGUAGGCUGCUCUAGGAGUGGACACAGGCUGGUAUAGAAGGUGCAGAAAUCUAGGGCAUGUGUUUUGAGACAAGAUUGACUGCAUGGCUGGGGGGCGCUGUUUCUAGCUGUGGGGGCCCUCAGAAGUAGAAGAGAGUGAGUGGGAAAGUAGAAAGUAGAAGGUUCCAUCUUUGUUCCUGGGAAGUCUCUACCAAGACCCUGUACAAUUAUUUCCUGCUUUCUCUGGUUCUGCAGUUGGUUUCCCUGUGACCCAAGCCUUGUGAGCCUGUAAGGGGAAGGAGGAGCAAAAAGGAUAUGGUAGUAAGAUCUGGGAGGGUAGAGUGCAGGCCCAGAAUCCAUUGCCUCAGCCUAGGGUGCUUGCUGCAUGCAGUGCCCAUAUUCUCUGACUUGGGGGUUUGCCCUUCACAGGGGCAGAUUCUGAUCCCAGUUCAACAAAAAAUGGAGAGGAACCCCCCUCUGUUUUGAUGGCCUACUUCACCUUCUAUCAUGGCUUGGAGAGAGGAUCAGGUGCCUCUGAGCCAUGCUGAGUUACUUUUGCUAGAAUGAGGAAAUGGAACAAGGCCCCCAAUUCCCUGAUAGAGGCUCCUGGAAGGUACCCUUUUUCAGACCCCACCGCAGCCUGAGCUGGCAGUCACACUGGUCCUGGUCCCCGCUCAGCACUCUGUGGCGGUUCCGCCCUUCUCCUUGCAUGCCUGUGGGUCUGCUCUGGUGUGUGAAGGUAGGUGGGCUAACUGUGUGCCUGCUAAACCUGGCAAAUAAACUUCACCCUGCCAAAGCC